AUGAAGAAAUCGAUCUUCCUCCUCUCCUCCAUCUCUGGCAUGCUGGCCCUCGCAAACGCCAGCACCACCAUUUCGCACCUCAGCAGGAACAGAGCCGCCAGAGAAGCACUCCCACUCCCACAUGAGCAAGCACUCAUUUCGCGCGACUGGCCUCCUUACCUCACAUUCGACAUCGUCCCACCUCUUGAAGGCUCAUUCGUCUGUGGACGAACCACCGGGCGCGGGGUCUGGCUCACACUCCGCCUGGCGGAUUCCUCCAAGACCAGCGACAAAUGUAACCGGGUCGACGUGUACAUAUCUGAAGGCAUCAAGAAAGGCCAGACCCCAUACAAGUUCAUGAACAUCAUCUGGGUCUGUCCAGACGAGGUCCACCUUACCGUCCCUAGCCCUGUGAUCCAGAACCCCGCCGGCGGCAAGUUCAUCUUCGUGGGAGAUGCCGACUUCCCCUCGGGGCACGCGCGCACCAUGGCGAUGUUGAAUGUCACUGACGCGGAUCACAAGCCUCCGAUCCAUAUCGCCAAUGUCCAGGUCAUGGUGGGAUAUGACAAGUCUGACAAAGGAAAGCCGGCCAUCAAGUACCUCUACUGUAUGUGA